UUCAGACAUUGUCCCUGCUGGUUCCCUUAUUGGGCUGCAUUCUGUGUGAGAGCAGAGAAGAGCAGGUAGAGACAGAGAGAGAAGACAGCUUGCUACUGUCAUUGAUAAACAACAAUGCAAAAGGAGGCAAACUGGACUGAAGCAAGUAAAGGUGGCAGUCAUAUCAUGGAGAUUUUUAAAUCGGUGCCAUCUGUCCCACACUGCUUACAGCCUGUAACUUUAGGAAUGAUGCCACGUAGAUUUCCACCAUUCACUCACAGCUAUGGUGCACGAUUUGCACACUUGCAGUAUAAUUAUAAUCUUCAUCAUUUUCAUCACUAUCCUGGAGAUUUUGCAAGACUCUAUGCUGCUUUAAAUGGAGGACCUCGUAAACGUAAAAGUUUGCCUACAAAAGUAUACCAUACUGAGCACCCUGAAGGUGGAGAAGUUAACCCUGAUCAAGUCCAAGAAGAUAAGACCAGGGACUCAUCCAGUAAUCCUUCAUUAUUUUCACGACACUCUGCUAAGUGUGACUCUGAAAUGAUAGACUUGAGUAACAAUUGCUUCCAGUUAUACAAAGCUUUUGAUCAUUUUGGUAGCAAGCACAUAAAACAGGAGCCUAUAAAGCAUGAUGUUAUGUGGUCUAGUCCAGCAUUCAUGCAACCUUCUUACUCCUACUAUCCCAAAGUUCACCCUGGAUUAAUAUUUCCUUAUAUGAUGCCACAACCUGAUUUACAUGGGAAGCAUCAGUUUGAAACAAAAGGGUCAACGGAUCAAUCAAGCAGAGAUCCUGACAGCAAAGCAACUGAACAAAGUCAGCAGAAGGUGGAAAGAGUAGACGUUAAUACUCAAAUUGAUGACAGCUAUUACAUUGAUGUAGGGGGUGAUCAGAAACGCUGGCAGUGUCGACUGUGUGAAAAAUCUUACACCUCCAAAUACAACUUGGUGACACACAUAUUAGGACACAGUGGCAUAAAACCUUAUUCUUGCUCUCACUGUGGUAAGCUGUUCAAACAACUGAGCCAUCUGCACACUCAUAUGCUGACACAUCAAGGGUCUAGGCCACAUAAAUGUCAAGUGUGUCAGAAGGCAUUCACCCAGACCAGCCACUUGAAAAGACAUAUGAUGCAACACAGUGAUGUAAAACCAUAUACUUGUGGAAUAUGUGGGAGAGGCUUUGCCUAUCCAAGUGAACUUAAAGCCCAUGAAUCAAAGCAUGAGGUGGGCAGAGAAAAUAUAUGCAUUGAAUGUGGCCUUGAUUUUCCAACUCUAGCCCAACUGAAAAGACAUUUAACAUCUCACCGUGGUCCUACUCAGUAUAAUUGUACUGAGUGUAAUAAAACAUUUCAAUAUCCGAGUCAGCUGCAAAACCACAUGAUGAAACACAAGGACAUCCGUCCAUACAUCUGUACAGAAUGUGGCAUGGAGUUUAUUCAACCUCAUCACCUAAAACAACACUCCUUAACUCAUAAGGGUGUAAAAGAACACAAGUGUGGAAUCUGCGGCCGGGAAUUUACUCUGCUUGCUAAUAUGAAAAGGCAUGUGCUGAUUCAUACAAACAUUCGAGCCUACCAAUGUCAGCUUUGUUUUAAGAGAUUUGUGCAGAAACAAACCUUAAAGGCACACAUGAUUGUUCACUCUGAUGUCAAACCUUACAAAUGCAAGCUCUGUGGAAAAGAAUUCAACAGGAUGCACAACUUAAUGGGACACAUGCACCUGCAUUCUGACAGCAAACCCUUCAAGUGCCUGUACUGUCCUAGCAAAUUCACCCUUAAAGGAAACCUCACACGACAUAUGAAGGUGAAACAUGGAGUAAUGGAAGGAACCUUCAGUUCUAAAGGAUCUGGACGAAGGGGAAGAAUAAGAAUGACUCACACAGAUACCAUAAGUCACAUGAACCAAGAAGAACCAUUUGAUCUUUCCCAGAAAAACAGAGAGAAGUGCCGAUCAGCUCACUACAGUGGUGAAAGGGUCAUCCCCAGCACUUGUCAGCAAGAUGGGGAAGACCACAAUUGCAAAGAUGAUCACCAUUAUUUGGAAGAACAUUACCAUGGCAACAAAUUCUAUUUACCAGAAGACUUAUCUUGCAGAGCAGUCAGAACUCCAAUGUACUUUCAAGAUCUUGAGGUGAUGUCUGAAAAAAAUGAUGGAAAAGGAAUCAGCGUUGAGGAAGUAGAAGCGGAGCAGCAGAAAAGUGACUGUUUCAGUGAAGAAGAAGAAGAAGAAAAAAAUGCGUCAAAUGACUAUGAAGAGAGAACAGCAGAGGAUAAAAUAUUUGAUGAAAAACACAGUACUGAAAGAUGCAGUAAGUUUUUCUUGGAGAGAGACAUGCUGCCCUCCUUGAAAACUAGGAUGUAUAUGUAGAAGUAGUUCAAAACCUGACAACGGAAACUAUCGUAGAAGAUAAAAGGAAACUGACCUGAUAAAAAUGUUCAGACAUUUUAGAACGAUUUUUACAAAAACAAGUUCAGCUGACUAAAUUCCAAGACAAUGAACAAUGGACCAUACAAAUACAUAUAUAUUUUUUUACAAAUCAUAAUAGAUUUCCUGCAACUGACUGCUUCAUUGUCCUAUAUAUUUGUCAUUAACAAUACUGCUUUAGCUCAUGGACUGACUGUGUCUGAUUUUUUAAUGUAGUAAGGCAUAUUCUUCAAACCAAUGUGUUUCUCCAGGCUUACUUUAGUAUGCAUUAAAACGUUUUCUGUUUUGCUUUGUU